AUGUCGGGCAACCUCAUCGACCUCAGUGACGAGGGCACCUCCUCUCAGAACACCACUGGCAUCAACGGCAUUCACCGUACCAACGGUCUUGUCGGCCGCAUGUCACUCUCGGAGAACCGCGCAAGGUCGCCUCCCCGCAACCACUUCGCAGGUCUUGAUGUCCUCAUGAGACAGAGGCAGUCUUCUACACCAGUCCCUUCCCCAGCCCCGCGACCGGUGUCGCUGCCACCUGCGGCCAGCGUCCCUCGCUUUGCUACACGUCUCUCUUUAAGUUCGGAGAUGUUCUCCCCGUUGGCUCAGCCGUACAGGGCCCCGGAGUCUGUGGCGUCUUUCCUGCAAGAGCAGCAAGAGCCCUUGACUUCCGCCCUUAGGUCAGAUCAGCCGAUCCCCGAGUACAUCCCUGAGAACAGGAUGGAGUUUAGGAGUAUGAUUGAUACCAUCAACGACUACAACAAGGCCACCGACAGCGAGUCUGAUCAUCGUUCUGAUCGCCGCUCCUCGUCGCCACCCGUCCCUGACCUCGAACUGUCUGUGCCUACUGGUCCUGACACACCCCCGACCCCGACAACCGCCCAUGGUGAGCAUCCCGUCCAUGAUUUUAGACCCGGCCAAACGGCGGCUGCACAAACGAAUCCGCAGGUCUGCGGUCUUGUGACCCAAGAGCUGAAGAGGAAGUUGGCGGCUGCUGAUGGAGCCUUUGCCAGGCUCAAGCACGAGAACACUGAGCUCACCACCAAGCUAGGCCUUAUCGGAUUCCAUAUCGAGUCCACCGAGAACCAGAAUGCCGCGAUGUCUCGCGCUAUGUCUGAGAAGGACGCCGUGAUCAAGAAGCAGGAGCUCGAGAUGAAGAAGCAGGAGCUUGAGAUGAAGAGCAAGAUGACUGGUAUUCAGGACUUGGACGCCAAGCUAAAGAGCAAGGACGCUGAAAUCAAGGCCAAGGACGCUCAGCUGGUAAGGAAAGAAGUUGAGAUCGCGAAACAUGUUGCUGAGAUCAAGAAGAAACAUCAACAGCUAGGUGCUCGCAAUGCGUUGAUCAACAAGUCAAACCCUGGAAAUGACAAGGUCGGUGUGCAUGGCGCCAGGAUGGCUGCUAAGGAUGCCGAGUUGGCCGCGAAGGAUGCCGAGUUGGCAGCGCUCAAGCAGACCUUCGAGGCUCGAGGCCGUAAGAUGGAGACCACCCGCUCAACCGUCAAGGAGCACAAGGAUCUCAUCAUCAAGGAGCAACAGAAGGCAGCCGACCAUCAGCGGAUGGUCGACUAUUACCUCUUGCAGAAUCAACACCUUGCUGACGCUGCGACUGCACGCGAGAAGACCAUAGCUGAUCUGCGACAAGAGCUUGUCGUCCGAAAGUUUGAGCUGACCGACGCCCAAGAGCAACGUGGAAACCGCGGCGCCAUCGAGGACAUCAAGGGCAAGCUUCGUGAAAUGACCACUCUUUCCGAUCGCCAGCGAGCCCAGCUCAAGGACGCCAAGGACGAACUCAAGUUCAAGGAUGCCCGCAUCAUGGACCUCAGCAACAAUGGCGAGCGUCUCCGUGGUGCCAUCCAUGUCGUCCCGCCGCGCAAUGUCAAGCUCCCUGAGACCGUCGUCGCUUGCAUCGAGUGUUACAGCAUGGAUCGAAGCUGCGACAGCGGUACCAAGUGUCGCCCCUGCAUGGAGAACAACACAGAGUGCCUGCGCUUCAUGUGCUCAUUGAAGUACAAGAACGGCAACUGCCCCCUGGUCCCUUGCCCCCUCACCCACGACGGGCAGGGUUUCCUCAUGUUGCCGCGACCUCGUCCUGAAUGGUGA